AUGCUGAGCCCACGAGAUUUCGAUAAUGCCCGACGCACAUGUUCCCAAUGGAUGCGGGUAAGCUUAAAUGAAGGCCUCCUGGAGUGCAUGCUCAAACGCGCUGGCUGGUGGGACUCGUGGCAGCGCGACUGCCGGACAGAGAUCCUAUCUGACUCGCUGGACGAGAGUCUUGCGUGGAGGAUGAGCAGACGCUUUGCGACGGAAUGUGUCCUAUCUGGGCGGAAAAUGAACGUGGAGAGGCCAGGCUUUUUGACGACAUGUUCCGUGGACUUCUCUAACCUUUCAUACGGACGACCAGAGCGUACCGCCAAGUCACUCCGUGCAGAUAUGAACGACCACCGACACGCGAGUCGGGGGAAAUCCAAGUUCCACGUUAGCAACUGCGGCCACUAUCUCCUGGUCACUAUGGACUGCAGGAUUUACGUUUACCAUCUGCUCACCAAAAAGUUCGGGAGCCGUCUACAACUCAAUGCAGAAGACGAAAAGGAAAUGGACCUAGCUCUGCUUGCUUGCGUGACUUGUCCAUUGGGGGUGGUCACAACUACUAUGGAUACAAGCGGCUCGAAGUUGGUUCUUGCGGCAUUGCUGCGAAAUCGUGUGGGGAUGGUGUGCGACCUAACUGCUCCGAAUGAUGCUGAGGGCGAAAAUUCAAAGCAUUUUGCCCCCUUGGGUUCUCCUAGGGCAGGUGGCUCGCCUAUGCGAAGGGGGACGCCUAGUAUGGAAUUGACUGCCCAACACUACUUUCACGACGUUUGCUCCACGGAAGAUCGCCCGCGCAGCAUUGCUAUCUGCCCAGGCCGUCACUGUGUGGCUUUCGGCUGCGGUACUAGUGUCGAGCUGCAUUGGAUCGAUGACAAGACCAACCGUGAAUGCCGCCAGCAGUUCCCAAUGUCGCAGCCCUCCGAAAUCCUCCAUUUUCUUCCCAAACAGUCAGAAUCUCCGGCUGACUUGCGGCUCAUCUCGUCACUGGCUGGCCCAGCGACGCCCAGCUGCCACUGCCACUCGGCGUCACAGGGAGAAAGACAUCGGCCUUGUCCUCUGCGUCUCUUGGCGGAUGUGCAAUGCUUUACGCGAUGGACCCCGGAACAGAACAGCAGUCUGAGCCUGCUCAGAGCAACUCAUUGCCACCACUACCGCGCGAUUCCCAUCAACGAUGGCCUGCACAUUCUGUUCAUCGAGCCGCGUACCAAUCUGCUCUGUAUCGGCUCUGAUGCCCCUAUUGGCGGAUCCACGAGCCUCACAAGGGCUCUCGUUUGUGUCCCACCACCUUCCAACCACACCACGCACGGCAUCAGGGAGGAAUUAGCGCCUACGAUAUUCGCAGCAGGAUCUGACCUCGGAUGGGGUUUACGAAUAGUUGCCGCCUACGGGGACCGGGUCGUCCUGUAUUCCGUGCCUCUUGACGUCUUCAACGUCAUCCGAAAGGAGCGCGAGAAGCAAGGAGAGAACGUCAUCGGCGACAGCGACCUCGCGAGAGACUGGUUUCUAGACAACAACCACAGAUCCCAAAAGCGCCGCGACAGCCUGGUCCAAAACCAGAACGGUGACUGGGAAUCAUUGCUCAGCGUCAGCUACCGACCCACGGCCACAAUGUGGCCGUUCAAGAUCUACGGCAAGCAGAUCGGUCGUAUGCCAAACGUCGUCGAACUAGCCAUCCAAACUUCCUCCGGCGGAGCCCGUAUCUGGGCGUUCGGCGCAUCAGGCAAAACGAACAUCAUCGACGUGGAUACGUUCACUUCACCCGCCCAGCAAGCCUCAGACAUCCCAUACAAGCUCCUCACCGUCGGCACAGGUGGCAACAUCGCGUCUGCCAAACUAAUCGAUCGAGUCGAGGCCGGUUUCUUAUCGCCGGGAUCAUCUCGCAAGCGCAAACGCGACGCAUCAUGCGACGACAAUUUCGGCGGUCAAUACUCAUGCGUGCAUCGACACCAGCAUCGCCAUCGCGCUACACCUGAUGGACAUUACCCUACACGUUAUGACCUUGCACAUACCGGUAUGCCCGCUUCUAAACGACGUACCUCGUUCGCGGCAUGUAUAGUUGAUCUUAAGAUUCCUGAGCUGAGUACGCGAGAGGGAAGAUGGGUUGAUAAUUGUUUUUGA